UGGGAUGCCCGAUGAGAUACCUUCCUAACCUCAAGUUGUGGCAGUUUUUUAUGGUAUUCAGUGAAAGACUGCAAAAAUGACUACAGCGGAGCAAGCUGAGCAUCUUUUGGCUCUGAAAGUGAUGAGGCUGACCCGACCAACUCUUGUCAUGCCCAGGAUUGUGACUUCAGAGGCCAAGGAUCUGCCUCAGAACACUCUGAAUAAACUCCUACAGGAAGAUGCCACAACAGCUCGUGGGGUAGAAAGCGUAGGAGCUGGAUCAUUCAUGCUCCUGCCACAGAGUUUCGGGAAUAUUUACCUGGGGGAAUCCUUCUCCAGCUACAUCUGUGUCCACAACUGCACCAAACAUCCUGUCCACAAUGUCACUGUAAAGGCAGAUCUCCAGUCAACAACUUCCCGGAUCAAUCUGCCAAUGCACGUGGGCAAGAAUCUCCCAGCUACCCUAAAUCCCGAAGACACACUGGAUGAUGUUAUUCACCACGAAGUUGUGGAAAUUGGGACUCACAUCCUCAUCUGUGAAGUUCAGUAUAAUACCCUGGCUGGACUCCCAGCAUCGUUCCGGAAGUUCUUUAAAUUCCAAGUGGUGAAGCCUCUCGAUGUGAAAACAAAAUUUUACAAUGCUGAAACGGAUGAAGUUUAUCUGGAAGCUCAAAUCCAGAACAUCACAGCGGGAACAAUCUGCCUGGAGAAGGUAGAACUGGAGAGUUCUGAUAAGUACACAGCAACUGAGCUGAACACCUUGGCAUCUGGGGAAUCUGUCUUUCCAUCCAUGAAGAUGCUGCAGCCCCAGAACAGUUGUCAAUUCUUCUACUGCAUCAAGCCAAUUCCUUCAGUGGCUAAUGAUCCCAAUGCCCUGAGGAUUGCCAAUGACAUCGGGAAGCUGGAUAUUGUCUGGAGGUCGAAUCUUGGUGAAAGGGGACGUCUGCAAACCAGCCAAUUGCAGCGAAGCCCAAUAGACUUCAAGGAUCUCCGUCUGAGCGUGAUUGAGGCAGCUAGCAUCGUCAAGAUAGGCUCAGCUUUUAAUUUCAAAUGUCGCAUUACCAACACCAGUGACCAAUCCAUGGAUCUGGCUCUUAGUUUGACCACAAGUGCCAGAAUGAAUUCCACCUACACCGGAUCCACGGAAUACACGCUGGGUACUAUUGCUUCAGGAGCCUUUAGGGAUUGCAGUUUAACUGUAUUUCCUGUUAAACUUGGCCUGAUAACUAUCACAGAUCUCCAGCUCAUGGACACAUUCCUCAAAAAGACCUACAAGUUUGAAGAUUUCCUUCAAGUCUUCGUUGUAGACACAACAUACGACAUGGAUAGCUUCAAUAUGGACGAGAAUGUCCAGUAUUAUGACUAGAAAAGCCGGAAAAAUGUGCAAAAAAUAAAUAAUAUUUGCAGGAAAA